GCGACCCGCCUGUGUUUAAAGCGGACUCCGCGGCCUGGGCUCCCAGAAGCGGCGCUGGAACAGUCCUGAAAGAUGGCGUCUCUGUCAGUGUGCCAGCCUCGGUGCGGAGGUUUCAGUUUCGAGAACAGUAAGAGAAAUGCUCUUCUAGAAGCCGAGUUUACAAAACUAGGACACAGUCUUCCCGCUGCAAGGAAAACCGGCACAACUAUUUGCGGAGUUGUAUUCAAGGAUGGUGUUGUCCUUGGUGCUGAUACACGGGCUACUGAAGGAAUGAUAGUGGCUGACAAAAAUUGCUCCAAAAUUCACUACAUUUCUCCUAACAUCUAUUGCUGUGGUGCCGGCACUGCUGCAGAUACUGAGAUGACCACCCAGAUAAUCUCCUCUAACCUGGAGCUUCAUGCCUUGUCUACUGGACGGCCUUCCCGGGUCGCGACAGCCAAUCGCAUGCUCAAACAAAUGCUGUUCAGGUAUCAAGGUUACAUUGGUGCUGCUCUUGUGCUUGGAGGAGUAGACUCUGCUGGGCCUCACCUUUACAGCAUUUAUCCACAUGGAUCUACUGACAAAUUGCCUUAUGUUACCAUGGGAUCUGGAUCUUUGGCAGCAAUGGCAGUAUUUGAGGACCGAUACAAGCAAGACAUGCAGGAAGAUGAAGCCAAGCAGUUGGUCAGAGAUGCCAUUGCAGCUGGAAUUUUCAAUGACUUGGGCUCCGGCAGUAAUAUUGAUCUCUGUGUCAUCACCAAAAACAACGUUGACUAUAUCCGCCCACAUGACGAGGCCAACAAGAAAGGCGUGAGUGAAAUAGAAGCCCACCUGGAAUCUGGCAGUUACAAGUACAAGAGAGGAACAACUGGAGUUCUGACAAAAAACAUCAUCCCGUUGGAUCUCGAGUUAGUGGAGGAGGUUGUACAGACAAUGGACACUUCUUGAAGUCUCUCUUUUAUAUCUUGGCUUCAGUUUGCAUGGUGGUAAAUCUGAUUGAUUCUUGUGUAUUUCUAAUAACUCUGUGAUGAUAAACUCAUGUGUUGAUAUUACAGUUAAUUAAAGGUAGUUGUGAAGA